CACACGUGCAGUUGCAUCUUCUGGUAGGGUCUGGAUAGUCCAGGCAGCCGCUCGCAGAUCAGCGUGUGGAUCCAAGUACCGGAGUGCUGUGACAUUAAACAUGGCGACCUCCGUUACAAUUCUACGGAGAUUCUGCCGCCCUGUUAUCUGGCGGGAUUUUCCUUUGUUUGUGUGGGGGUCAUGUUCUCUCUCCCGUGUUACCAUCACUCCUUUGGCAGCAGUCACCCCCCACUUCUACAGAUGUGUGCAUGUCUCCCCAGCGCUGCUGGCCAAGAGCCUAAUACAUAAGUUCUCCAUUAAAUCCAAAAAGAAACUUUGGUACGACAGUCCAUGUUAUUCUAGGCCAGAUAAUCAGCCACAAGGUUUAAUGAGCUUGAUGAAACAGGAGCAGAAAGAAAAGAGAGGAAACACUGUGCGCAUCAAAGCUCUGAAUGCAAUCCUGUACAGAGCCCUGACAGGCAUGCUAGGUACAGCAGAAGUCAGCGAAGAGGUUUUCGAUCUUUAUAUUGAACUUUCAAAGGUGUCUGUAACAUUCGAUGUUUCGGUCUGUCGGGCUUAUUGGAAAACCAGCGGCAACAAAGACACUGAUGCUGAGAUUGAAAAAGUGCUCCAGAAAUAUGCUGCUCGUUUUAGACAUCUCUUGAUAACACAUCAGGUUCUUGGAAGAGUUCCACCAAUUUUGUUUUUAAAAGACAAAGAGGACGCUAAAAUACAAGAGGUUGAAGAAUUGUUGGCUACUUUAGACUUUGGAGACAACUAUGAUACAGCAAUCAAAUGUGGGGAUGUACCCAGAACAUUGGACUCUGAAUCCCCGUCUGCGGUGUCUGCUGUCUCUGCUACUAGUGUGUUUGGUAUUGAUCAUGUAGAACUUAACAAACAAAUUGUUGACUACAAGAUGAAAAUGAAGGACAGACAAAUGGAAAAUGAUGGAAUUGAACUAUCAAAGCAACAACAAGAACAGCUGGCAGAAAUUAGGAAGCAAAAGCUGCUGAGGAAGAAAAUGAAAAAGCAAAAGUGGGCUGUGCAGGAUUACAUCAAUCCACAGGACUAUUUGCUGUCUGCAGACAGUGACUUGUACUAUGAAGAAGAGUCCGAACUGCAGGAGGACAUUGAUGAUCUGGAAGAGGAGGAUGGAGAUGGUGUUACCAAAUUAAAUUAAGUAAACACCUGACAAUGGACAUACUUGCCAUGUGUACUACUUUCUACUCCUAACUAUUUACACCAUAUGACUAUUCUAGUUUAUGGUGAUGGGAUUAUUAAGAAAUGCCUGAGUCUUAAAUUGUUAAUUUCCUUUGACUGUACUAGAAUAUUUUUUUAUGGUGUGACUCGGAAGCAAAAACAUUUCUUAUGUAGACUUUUUCCAAUAAAUGUAAUGAUUUUGGUAA